CUAUGAUUAUAUUACAGUACUCCAGCCUGGAUGACACAGCAAGACCCUGUCUCAAAAGAAAAUAGUAAGUCUUAUGCCAUUUUUAUUACAAGUAUUGUUAUAGUUAAAAUACCAAAGCAUUUACUAUUGGAAAGAAACCAAGCGAAAAAACUAGUUAUUAAGUCUUAAUUAGCAACUACCAUUUUAAGGUAUAAUUUCAAAAUUAAAUUGAUUGAAUAAGUGAAAAAUAAACAGUUCAGAAAACUGCCUUUGUUGUAGGGCAGCGUGGACCAAAUCAGGCUGCAGUGUGAUGCAGAGGUAGUUGGUUGUUUCCACUUUAGUGUCAGGUUUUAGAAGGAUGGAUUUUGACUAGAGAACAGGAAAACUGGCCACACCUCCCUCUCCUCUAGGCAAACAUCCACUUUAUAAUUUCUAAUCACAUUUUCAUUUAACAAACAUCCAAGUCGCAUUCACAAAGUACAAAGCCCUGUGCUCGGGAGGGCUACAGAGAUAACCAACAGUUCUGUACAGACCCUCACAAAGAGAAAGAAGGGCACCUGAUAAUGGAAGGGAACAAAAUGGGUAAGAUGUAGGGACAAGACACCCAAAUAUGGCAGCUAAGGUAGAGAGGGACCUCUGAAAUCUUGGACUUAGCUGGGGCUGGAGGGUGUGGGGCAAGCUCAGGGUAUCAGGUGUGGCUUUGUGGCAUGGCUGGUGGUCACAUCCCUUCUCCCCAGCAUCUCCAUGGGGAGAGUGGGCCUGUGUGAAUGCAGGAGGCAAGCUCUGCUCCAGUGGAGCUCAGGACACAGCCGGGUUGGUCACGCUAUAGGCCUGGCUUUUCCCCUUUCUUGCAGGUGAGGUUGCCUGACCUCUGUACCUGUUAACUCAUCUUUGAAAAAUGGGAUUGUGGUGUCUACCUUACACAAUGAUUGUAAUUAUGAAAUUUAGACAUGAGCUAAAAUGGUGCCUGGCUUGCAAGAGUGCUGCGUAAAUGUGGCCCAUGGCAACCGUCUCAGGUUGAGAGGCUCACAAAGAUAGCUUGUCUGAGCAAAGGAAUGAGUGCUCAGGUGUUUAAACUUUUUAAAAAUUGAGCUAAAAGCCACCAUAUAACCAUUUUAAAAUGUACAAUUCAAUGGCUUUAGUACAUUUACAAUGUGCAGCCAUCAUCACGAAUUCCAGAAGUUUGUGUUUCUUUUUUCCACUUCAAAAAGAAGCUCCCCACCUGUUAGCAGUCACUUCCAAUUCCUCACCCCCAUCUCCUGGCAACCAUUAAUCUACUUUCCGUGUCUGAAGGUUUGUCUAUGCUGAACAUUUCACAUAAAUGGAAUCAUACAGCACCUGGCCUGUUGUGUCUAGCUUCUUGCUUAGCAUACUAUUUUGAAGGUUCAUCCAUAUUGUGGCAUGUACUUCAUUCUUUCUUAUGGCCAUCCUAUGGAUAGACCUCAUUUUGUUUAUCAGGUGAUGCACAUUUCAAGAGUUUAGUAUUCUCCGGUCCUCAGGUUCUGUAACUCCAGACUAUGGCACCCUGCCAUAAGCGGGGCAGAACAUACCAAACACCCUGCCUCUAUCUGGCCACAGCUCACUUUGGUUCUUCCUAAUCCUCUGGCGGAGGCAGGGCCUAUUUUUCCCAUGAGAAAACUGAGGCCUAGAAAUAAUGGAGACCUGCAGAAGGUCCCAUACUUCACGGGAAAACCGAAACAUUUCUACACCAGAUUCAGGGGCCACUGGGCAGAACAAAGAAAUCCCGCCUUUCACCAAGCCCGGAACUGUGCACGGCGUGGAUUGGCUCGCCGCCUCUUCCAGAAUUGGACGGAAAAGGAGGUGGGGUCACCAGGCGCUCGGCGGGGAGGGCUCGCUCCUGGCACGUGGCAGCGUCCAGCCAAUCGGCGCGGGGCGUCCAUAGCCAAGGCAACAGGUUGCUUCUGCCUUCCGUACUGAGCACCUUUCGCAGGACUUGGGGUUACUGAAUUUCUGGUACCCCGAUACUCCCACGUGAGCAAGCCCACAGCAACACACAUUCACACACACCCUUCAGCACCGCGACCAUGGACGAUGACUAUGAAGCGUACCACAGUCUGUUCUUGUCGCUGCUCGGACUCUGCCCGUCUAAGACUUCCUUCAGUGAAAAUGCCAACAAUGUCUCUGUCUUUGAUCCUGAACUGGUCAUUGGCCACUGCUUCAAGCAGUUCAAGCAGAAGGACCUCCGCCUGCCGCAGAGCCGCCGGCGAAUCAUCAUCGUGCCUCGCAAGGAGGAUCAGAUACCCAUUAAUCCUACACCCCAACCUCAGGCUCCUCCAAAGCCCAUCCCCAGCUUCAAAGCCCUGGAAGCUAGAGAUAUCCAAGAGCAGCCAGAGGACAGGAAGACCUGGCUGAGCCGGAGGGAGAAGCUGCGGCAGGAGCUAGAGUCCUUUGGCGAUGUAAAGAGAUGGCUGGAGAACAAGCCUAGCAUCACGCCUUUGGAGGCCAAGGUCUUACACAUGAUCCCCAAGGAGCAGAGUGGAUCCCUGCCAGACGCCUCCCUGGCGACUACCAGGACCACCAGGAAGAAAGCCCCCUGGCUCUCCCACCAGAUGGUGCCCCAGCUCCAGCUGCCCAAGCCCCCUGCCCUGUUGGCCAUGUACUCCUACCUGCACAAUCGCAAGAUCAAGAUCCUGGAGAUAUUUCACAAGGUGGGCCAGGGCAAGAACCAGAGAAUCACCAGGGAGGAGUUCAUCGUGGCUGUCAAGGCAGUCGGAGUCCCUCUGAAGAACCAGGAAGUGGAGGAUAUAGUGAUCUAUCUCAGCUCUCUUGGGAAGCACAACACCAUCACCAUGGAUAUCCUGGUCAAAACCUAUAAGCAGUGGUCUAUGGCUCGGCGAAGGAGCAGCCUGGCCACUGCAAGGGAGCGUCAUAUCUUGGCCAAGCACAAAGAUUCCCUGAAAGGUCCGCUCAAGAAGCAGGAGGUGGAUUUAGCCCCACAGCUUCCCAAGGUGGACCUGCUGACGGUGCCUGCAGUCGACACGCAGAUGGAGGCGCGGCCCAUGACCCUGGAGGAGAUGGAGGAACUGGGCAAGCGGUACCGGGAGCGGCAGCGACAGCACAAGCUCACGAUCCCCUCCAUCCAGUACACGGAACACUGCCGCAUGGUGCGCUGUGGGAAUCAGCACUUUGACGAGCACUGCCUGCCAUCCACCAUCCACGGGGAUAUGAGGGAGCUCAUUGACUCAGCCCGCAGGCACACCUUUCUGGUCUACCUGCAGUGCUGGAAGCUCUGCGAGUCCUAUGGCAUCCCGCUGACAGAGGACAUCCUCAUGAAAGCCUUGCUGUACCCAGGAGACAAGAUCAUUUUCCAGAAGGAUGAGGUGCGCCCCAUCCGGCAGCCGGGAGGCUACUACUCUGACUGGAAGGUCUUUUCUCCAAAUGUGGCUCUGCUCCAGUCCCAGGGCGCUGGCGAGUCUAAGACUGACAAGAAAACGCCAAAGAAAAUCAAGAAAAUGCAGUUUAAGGAGUUUGAGGAAUUUAGCAGGAAGCUGAAGGCAAAGAGGGCCAGUGGUCUGCAGCAAACGCACCCCAACUCCUUCUGGCCGGGCCACCUUCUGGAUAAGCUGCGGCUCUACCUGCCCACUGUGGCCACAGACCGCAGCCUGGCGCUCUUCAGCUGUGUUCAGCACCAGCCCCAUGUCUACCCAGCCACCUACCACCCUGACCACUGGUGGCCCCUUAGGAAUAAGAACUACAUGACCCGCGCCUAUUUUGAUGGCGCCAAGGUGUACUACAUCAACUAGAAUGGGCCAGAUGUUGCUGGACCUGGCCUUCUUGGGCCAGGGGCCAGUGCAGCCAGUGGCCCAGAGCCCAGACACAGGAGGAGUGUCAAAGAGCCAGCCUAAAGAAAUCCUUUCAGUGGGAUGCCACGGGCCAGUGUCUCAGAGGGUAGAUGUGUCCAAGGAAGGACGUGCAGUUUUUGACUAUUUCCCUCCCCUGACCUUUCCCCUUUCUAAAUAAAGUAGGUUGGAGCUUUCCUCAUGUCA